GGACCUCGGGCGAACCCGUAGCUGCUGUCUUUAGCCUAUGCCGCUGGUUGGUGUGUGCUUGACUUGUGUUGUCGCUUUUACAAGUAGUGUUCCAAGUGGAACUGAUUUAUCCCCUGGCAAGUUACUCGAGAUGUAUCGAAGACUUUCAUUACCUCAGCUUUUCUUAGCAACAUUUCUAGGAGUUGCUGGUGGGGUAUACAUAUACAAGCCAAUAUUUGAACAAUAUAUGUGGGAACAGAAAAGUCUGAAACAGGAAGCUCAGACUAUUGAGACAGUGGAACAAAAUGAGCAAUUGAGUAAAUAAAUAAAACUGUGCUUAAAUUAUG